AUGGAUUCCCAGGGUUCCCAGGGCAAUUCUGGCCCUCCCAGGGCGAAUGGCCGCCCCAUUCACAUUGGCCAUCGACGCAGCCCCUCGGAAAUGACCCCAUUAAUUAUGGAACAACUUGCUCUACAACAGCAAAUUGAAGUUCUCCAGCAACACCAGCAGCAAAUUGCCGCCCAGCAACAACAAAAUCAGCAGUUCUUGAAUAUCGGCAUGAUACCCCAGCAACAGAUGCAGCAGAUGCAGCCCCUUGCCUAUCCCCAAAUGCAAGGCCAAGGUGUCAUGCCCGUAGGUUUUCAAUUCCCUCAAAUGCAAGGCCAACAGCAGCUUGGAGUCCCCGGCCAGUCCUCUCAUCGCCGUAAUCAAUCGGCCCUGCCAAAUGUUGGCAUGGGACCACCGCCCGCCCCAUCUUCCGGGGCGUCUGGUUCUCAGUACGGUGAAAACGCACAGAGCCGUGGAGGCCAAGGCCGCGAAAACAACAACAAUACCAACAAUAGCAAUAAUAACAAUAACAGCCAAUCUCGCAGGGGGGCUGUUCCUGCCGGAGGAAGCCACCAUCGUCGACACUCGCUCGCUUUACCCGAAGCCAGAAGGGCCGCGGAAUUGGCUCAGCAAAGGCAGACCGCCGGCGCCUUCAAGUUCCCCAUCCCAGGAGGUGCUGGAGCUUCACCUUCUUCUGCAAGUCAAGGCCAGGGCCAGGGUCAGGGUGACGCCAAUGAUGACAAGCCAGCAGAAGUCGCUGGCCCCGCAGUACCGGCAUCUUCCCCUCUGGCAGCAGGACUUGGUGUCCAACGCUCUGGAAAUAUCCGUAAUGCUCAUCUACGCAGCCAGUCCAUGGCUGUAGGUGGUGCUCGCCAGUACUCCGGGAGAAAUAACCCCUCGUUCCAGUUCCCCCAAGGCGGUGAAUCUUCCGGCUCACCUGGACCUGAUGCUGGACGAAGAACCAGUCACGCCAGCCAUGGACGCAGCGGCUCAAGAAACUUUGACAGCAACUGGCGCCAGCAGGGAGGUGCACCAAACACUGCCAGCAGUGGCAGUGGCAACCAGGACCCCCGAGCCAGCCUUGGUGGCCUCUCUCCCCAGCCACAGCAAAGUGGUAACGGCUUCCAGCCAGGUCACCGUUCCAGGGGAUCUGUUAGCUCCAUGUCCGCUUUCCAAUUCCCCAAUACCCAGCAGCUUUUCCAGCUUCCUCAGGGUCAAGUUGUCUUGCCUCAGAUGUACCAGGGCCAACAACAGCAGUUACUUCACAAUAAUGCCCUUCAACUGGCACAACUCCAAGCCUUGCAGAGCGGACAGCUCGGUUCCUUGCCACAGAACCUGCAAUUGGUUGGUCAGCAGCAAGCCUCUCAGCCACAACAGCAAUCGCAAACGCAGGCACAGCAGAAUCGCAAAACUCUGUUCACUCCAUACCUUGCUCAGACAAUGCUUCCUGAUCUCUUCGAGGAGGGCAAGCUGGUCACUGGCAUCCUUCGCGUAAACAAGAAAAACCGUUCAGACGCAUAUGUUACCUGUUCUGAUCUUGACGCUGAUAUCUUCAUCUGCGGUAGCAAGGACAGAAAUCGAGCUCUCGAGGGCGAUCUUGUUGCCGUCGAGCUCCUUGAUGUUGAUGAAGUCUGGAGCCAGAAGCGCGAAAAGGAAGAAAAGAAGAAGCGCAAGGAUAUUGAUACCAGAAGCGGAAGCACAGCUGGUCUUGACCGAGGUGGCCGCUCCGACUCCAAUGCUACUGCUGACAUCCAGCAAAUUGGCCCUGACGGUAGCAUUCGCCGCAGAGGUAGUCUUCGCCAGCGUCCCACCCAGAAGAAGAAUGAUGACGUCGAAGUCGAAGGUCAGAGCUUGCUUCUUGUCGAAGAAGAUGAGAUCAGCGAUGAGCACAAACCCUUGUACGCAGGUCAUAUCAUCGCUGUCGUUGACCGUGCGGCCCACCAGAUCUUCGCUGGCUCCUUGGGACUCCUUCGACCCAGCAGCCAGGCAACCAAGGAAAAGCAGGAAGCAGAAAGACAGGCCAGAGACGGCUACUCUGGACGUCCUCAGCAUGAGCGCCACCAGGAACGACCAAAGAUUGUUUGGUUCAAGCCCACCGACAAGCGUGUACCUUUGAUCGCUAUUCCAACUGAACAGGCACCUCGUGACUUCGUUGACCGUCACGCAGAUUAUGCAAACACUAUUUUCGUUGCUACUGUCAAGCGAUGGCCCAUCACCUCGCUCCAUCCAUUUGGAACCCUUUGCGAGCAGCUUGGUCCAAUGGGCAACCUGAAGGUUGAGAUUGAUGCCUUGCUUAGAGACAACAACUUUGCUGCCGAUGAUUUCCCGGCCUCUGUUCUUGACAAGGUUGGAUUCGAAGAUUGGUCCAUCGGACAAGAGGAACCCCAGUCCCUUGCUUCCCGCACGGAUUUCCGUGAAUACAACGUUUUCACUGUUGAUCCCAAUGGAGGCAAGGCAAUGGACAAUGCCUUCCAUAUUAGACGACUUGACGACAAGACAGUAGAGAUUGGUAUCCAUGUUGCUGAUGUCUCUCGCUUUGUUGAUCCUAGCGGUGCGGUCGAACGCGAAGCUAAGAAGCGUGUGUCCAGCGCCUUUUUGAUGAAUCGCAUUGUGGACAUGCUCCCGCCACACUUGGCCCAGAAAGUCAUGGCUCUCUUGCCUGGAAACGAUCGCCUCGCUGUGAGCGUCCUGCUCCAAGUUGUUGUUGAGUCUGGAAAGAUUGUCGAUCAGCCCUGGAUUGGCAAGAGUAUUAUCAAUAGCAAAGGAAAGCUAAGUUAUGCCGAGCUCGAUAAGAUCAUCAAGGGGACUGGGCAAGUUGAAGUCAAUGGUGUCUCCGUCAAGGACAUCAAGAUGUUGGUUGAUGUCUCUAACAAACUUCGCGAUGCUCGUCUUGGACACCGUGCGGAGAAAUUGCGCCCUCUCCGCCUCUUAUACCAGCUUGAUGACGAGAAUGUUCCUGUCCAGCAGAACAUAUUUAAUUCCUCCCCAGGUCGUGAAGCUAUUGACGAGCUCACUUACAUGGCUAAUCAUUAUGUUGCGAGGAAGAUCUUUGAGGCCUUCCCUGAGCAUGCCCUUCUCCGCCGACAGGCUUCGCCCAACUUUAGACGCCUAGGCACCUUUGUCGAGCGCAUGUCCAAACUUGGGUACAACAUUGAUCCUACUAGCAGUGGCACACUGCAGAACAGUCUUUUCAAGGUGGAAAAUGAUGACGUGCGAAAGAGUAUGGAAACGCUCUUGCUCAAAACUUUGAGCCGUGGAAAAUAUUACACCCCUCCAACUGUCCGGGAAGAGCACCGUUCUCACUACAUGCUCAACUUAUCACUUUACACUCACUUCACUAACCCAUCCCGUCGCUAUGCCGACAUUGUUGUCCACAGACAGCUAGAGGCAGCAUUGGCAGGAACAACAGAGUGGCAAGAUGAAUUAGACUACAAGGCACUUAACUACCUUAACAGCAGGAAAGACUCUGCUCAAAAUGCACAGGAGCAGAGUGUGCACUUUGAAGCGUGCCACGCCAUGGAGAGGAAGAGAAAAGAAAUUGAUGGCGACCUCAUUGCCGAGGGAAUCGUUCUCUGCGUAUACGAGUCUGCCUUUGACGUUUUGAUUCCCGAGUAUGGCUGUGAGAAGCGUGUUCACUGUGACCAACUCCCUCUUAAGAAGGCAGAGUUCCGCAAGGAUGACCGCGUCCUAGAGUUGUACUGGGAGAAGGGCGUUCCGUCCUCUACCUACAUCCCCGAGGAUGAGCGUCCCAAGUCAACUCUCAGCGGACGUGCCGCUAGCCAGGCUGCUGCUGCCCGUGAAGCGGAGGAAGCUCGAAAGAGAGAACAGGAGAGGGAAGAAGCCCAGCGAAUCAGCACCGAGACCAACACUGUCUCUCCAAAUGAUGUUGAUGCUUUGUUUGACGAUGAUGAGGAUGCCCUCACUGACUCCUUCGCCGGGGUAUCUCUCAACUCUCCAGACCGUUCCACACAGAGCAUGCCACCAUCUCCACGAAAUGGUCCUGCACACCCACCUCACCGUACUCAAUCCGACCCCAGAAUUGCAACCACUGCGGGCGAGACUACUAAUGAUGAAGAUGCCGAGGGUGGCGAAAAUGCUAAGAAUACCCAGAAUGGCGAGGACGGCGAGGAUGGUGAAAUUGUCGAGUUGAGUCCAAAAGAGAAAUAUGGCGAUCUUUUCGAAUUGCGCGAAGAGGACGGCGAGUAUAUCCAGGAUGUCAGGGAACUGACCCGCGUUCCAAUCAUUCUCAAGAUCGAUCUCAGCAAGAGCCCACCGUAA